AGUUCAUCCGUCACCGAAAAAAACUCGUCAAUUAUACGCGCCUUUAUCACCGUCAUUUGUGCGUUUAGGGGCGUCGUCACUUCCUUCCAAUGUUGAGCGAGUGGUUGGAAAACUAUAAUUCUAUAUUGUACGAAUUAUUCGGCAAAUUGAAUUCUCAAAAUUGACAAUCAACACUGCUGUCAUUAGGGAAUUGUCAUUUCAGUAUGUUGAAAAGAGGUACCAGGAAGCGUACAGCAUCAGCGAGAGCUGGAGUAAGAAGGACCCCGGUGGUGUCGAAGGGAGUUUCGUCACGGGCGUCAGUACAAUCAUCUAUGACGGUUACAAGGCCUGAGGCUAUCUAUACAACUUCUGGACAUGACGGCGCUGCCAUACCCACAACUGCAACAGUAUCAACGACAAGAAUGUUGAUGCCAACAUUUUCUAGCAAUCAGGACAACUCCGUCCACAUUCCGGACAUGUUACCAUGGCAACCAAGACGAGCAAUAGACCCCCAGGCAACUGUUGAUAACACACAGUUUGUGUCACAAACAGGUAAUGUGACCAAUAAUGAGUAUGUACAAAUUCCCAAUAGAAUUGGAAGUGUUAAUGUGAAUCUAGGCAUAAAUGUAACACAGUCAAUUAAAGAAAAAAUAUUGAAAGGGGAAUUCAUAGAUUUAGCUUGUCUAUUAAAUAAUUCAGUCAACACGGGUUCUGACAAACAAAAGUUGACAUGGGCUCAAGGGGAAUUCAUUUUACAACCCAUUUCUCAACAAUCAAAAAUUACAAAUAUUGAAAAGUGGACAGAUGCUUUCAUCAUUUUUAUUUAUAUUUAUUGUGCUGUGCACGUAGACCGAUUUAAGGAAUUGUUAAAAUACAUGCACACAAUACGCCUUGGGGCUCAAAGAAACCAAGGUAUGGGUUGGAAAAAUUACGAUGAGCAAUAUAGACUAAGAAAAGCUCAUGAACCAUCCAGUUUAUGGAGUAAUAUAGACAAUGAGCUUUGGUUGUUAUAUAUGCAACCAGUGAAUGUUGAAUAAAAAGAUUACACACAAGGACUUAGAAUCAGUAGUGGGUUUGAUGGCUUUCUGUUCAAGGGCGAUUACUUCAUCUAGGGCUUUCCUUCGCAGGUUUCAUGAUGUCAUAGGGUUAUAAAAAAUAAAAGCCUUUUUAUUCAAUUAGAAUAAUAAUGAUCUCAGAGAAGAUGCAAAAAUUUGGCUGAUUUUUCUGGAACAUUUUAACGGAGAUUGUUAUCUAUCAGAAUUAACACGUAGAUAACAAAUGAAACGUUGCAUUUGUACACUGACAGCUGUGGUAACUCUGAUUUAGGUUGUGGUGCAUAU